GUGCAGCGUCUAUUAAUUGAAAUGAGAAGUAGUAUCCUUGCUUCUUAGGGUACGAUCCCGUGCACUGUUAUUUGUCGCGUAACGCGUAACGCGUAACCAAUCAGAGAAAUUACGUGUACUAACAUAAAACACGUAAUCUCUCUGAUUGGUUACGCGUUACGCGAAAAAUAACAGUGCAUGGUAGCUCAUAACCGGUCCAAGACCCAUACACGCACCAAACCAAGCCAUAACAGUGCGUGGGAUCGUACCCUUAGCUUGUUGCAAUUAAUACAUGCUUCAACUAAUAGAUGCUGUUAUUAUCUCGAAAAAAUGGCGGAUGAGAACGAAGAUCAGUGGUUGUACGGUGAAUCAACCGACGGAAAAGAAUAUGUGCCAUUAGACACUCACUCAGAAACUCACCAGAAUGACUCUUCACUCGCCAAUAUUCAGAAAAUAUCUGAAUCUCAGGAAGAUCAGGAGACAGAGAAAGCUGGUGAAGUAUUGUCUGAGACCCAAGAAGAUACUGGCUCACCUGAUGGUGAAAAUGAAGUGUCGUCCUCAAUGAAUAAUGGACAGGAAGAGAUAAUGGACUCGACUAAAAAUGGAAUGAAAGAAGUUUCCAGUCAAGAGGAUGGUGAAGCAGCAAGCGAUUCCGAUUCUGAUGAUGACGUCCAUGUUGUUAUUGGUGAUAUCAAAUCAACACCAGCGUAUGGUAGUUUAAAUAUCAAGCGAGGUGGAUUGUUGACUAAUGCAUCUGGGUUACCAGAUAAACUCACCAAACAACCAGGAAAGUUCAGUAUAGAUGAAUUUGAAACUAUUGGAGUUAUUAAUGGAAUACCAGCUCAUGAAUUUAAUCUUGAUCAGUUGGAAGAUAAACCGUGGAGACAACCAGGUGCAGAUAUUACAGACUAUUUUAAUUAUGGUUUUAAUGAAGAAACUUGGAGAGCAUAUUGUGAACGUCAAAAGCGAAUGCGAAGUGAAUCCGGAGUCGGAUUAAUCUUAAACACUGGAAGUGGUGGCGGCAAUCCAAAUAGCAUAAGAGUACCUCAAGUAGCAAUUACGAAUGAUAAUAGCAAAUACUCUGGUAUUUCAGGCCCUAAAAGGGCAGGUCCACCACCAGGAAGGAAAAUGGCAGGCACUAUUGAUGUUAUUGGAAGCUCUGGUUUAGCUUCCAGAAGAAAUUUAGAUAAAUCUCCACCAAAAGGAAAUGUUAUACAGGUUAUGACUGCUGACAGACGAGAAUAUUCGAGGAAGCCAGGUUUUCCCGAUAUGAGUGUGCCGCCUCCAGGACCGGGAUUGCCGCCAUUUGAUAUACCUCCUCCGGGAUACGCCGGAGAUCCGAAUUCGUUUUACAUGCCGGAAACUGAUCCAUAUUAUCAGAGUUAUGAGCCUACUCAAGAUAACCAAUGGGGCAAUGACCCAACAUGGCAGCCAACAAAUUUAGCAAUCCCGAUGACGGAAGGUGAUGAUGAUAAAGACAUGGCGCCUAAAACGAUACCUACGAUGGUUCCACCGACAUCCAUUCCUCCUCUGAUGCAACCACGUGAUCAAAGGGACAGCCGAGAUCGCGAGCGAGAUAGAGAUAGAGAUCGGGAAUUGGAAUCUGUGAAUAGAGAUAAAGAUAGAGAUAAAGAUCGGGAUCGUGACAGAGAGAAAGAUUCUAUGAUAAGAGACCGCGAUAGAGAUUCUAUGACACGGGACGACGAUCGAGAUCGCGAUAGAUCCAGGAUUCAAUAUCGACAUAAAGACCGACAUAGACAUCGAUCAAGAUCCCGAUCUCGUAGACAUAAAUCAAGAUCACGAAGUCCGAGCCGACGAAAGAAGAAAUCCAGGCGCUCAGAUAGAGAACGUUCUAAGGAGGAGAGCGAAUAAAUACGUGUAUAUGUAAUGUGAUUAAGAGAGUUAAUUUACUGCAUUACACAAGAUUGAUUAGAAUUAAUUGCAUAUUGCAUUAGAAUUAAUUAGAUAUUUUUCAAGGAGUAAAAGUAAUGUUUUCAUAGAGAACUUUUUCUGCAGAUAUUAUUGCUACAUAAAAUGUUAACAUCAAUAUAAUUAUUCACGAGUUUUCAAGCUAUGCAAAACAAUAAAAAUGAAAUAUAUAAUCGAUGUCUAAAUGAUCGAUAUGUUUUAGUGUACCAAAAAAUAAGUAUUUUUUAUGAUAAAAAUAAUAUAAUUCUUUUAUAUUAAACGAAUAA